ACACUGGGCUCCGACAUGGCCACCUGCCCUGAGCUGGAGCGUCAGCGAGAGAUAAAGCGCUUCCUGAAGGAAGACUCGGACGAGGCAGAGCUGGCCCAGUUCCUGAAGGACUAUCCUGGGGGAGAAAACCUUCGGAAAGUGGAGCCCGAGGAGAGCAGGCGGGACUCCGGGCCCGGCAACCCCUUCUCCGGCAUAGGCAGGGCACCCGCCGAUGACCCCACGGAUGAGAAAGAUGCCCGGCCCUUCUCUCGCCCUCGGCCCUUGGAUUUUCAGCAGCACAUCACGGCCCCCGCACCACCAAGCCCCUCUCGGCCCCGGAGCCCCUGGGGCCAGCUGGACCCUUACGACUCCUCUGAGGAUGACAAGGAGUACGUGGGGUUUGCGACUCUUCCCAACCAGGUCCAUCGGAAAUCGGUGAAGAAGGGCUUCGACUUCACACUCAUGGUGGCAGGGGAGUCUGGGUUGGGGAAAUCCACCCUCGUGAACAGCCUCUUCCUCACGGACAUGUAUAAAGAUCGCAAGCUCCUUAACGCUGAAGAGCGCAUCACGCAGACAGUGGAGAUCACCAAGCACGUGGUGGACAUCGAAGAGAAGGGCGUCAAGCUGCGCCUGACCAUCGUGGACACCCCGGGGUUCGGGGACGCUGUGAACAACACCGAGUGCUGGAAGCCUGUGGCUGACUACAUUGACCAGCAGUUCGAGCAGUAUUUCCGUGAUGAAAGUGGCCUGAACCGGAAGAACAUCCAGGACAACCGUGUCCACUGCUGCAUCUAUUUCAUCUCACCCUUCGGCCAUGGCCUUCGUCCCCUGGACGUGGAGUUCAUGAGAGCCCUGCACCAGCGGGUGAACAUUGUGCCUGUCCUGGCAAAGGCUGACACCUUGACACCCUCCGAGGUGGAGCGCAAGAAAAACAAGAUCCGUGAGGAGAUCGAACAGUAUGGGAUCCGCAUCUACCAGUUCCCUGAGUGCGACUCAGACGAGGAUGAAGAGUUCAAGCUGCAGGACCAGGCACUGAAGGAGAGCAUCCCGUUUGCUGUGAUCGGCAGCAACACGGUCGUGGAGGCCAAAGGCCGGCGCGUCCGUGGGCGGCUCUACCCCUGGGGCAUUGUGGAAGUGGAGAACCCGUCCCACUGCGACUUUGUGAAGCUGCGCACAAUGCUGGUGAGGACACACAUGCAGGACCUCAAGGACGUGACGCGAGAAACCCACUAUGAGAACUACCGCACGCAGUGCAUCCAGAGCAUGACCCGCAUGGUCGUGAAGGAGAGGAACCGCAAGAGGGAUCCCUCCGUGCUGAGGCUGUGCUGUGCCGACUGCUCCACGGACUGAGCCCGGCAGUGCCCCCCGAGGACCGCGGCGGCGGGGGCCAGCCUCGUCCCUGCCGCUGGCCCUCCUCCGUCUCCACAUGUGUCGCAGGGCUGUGUCCUGCUGGACGCUAUAUAAAGUACUUGUUACCAAACGCUGUCUUGGUCCUUCUGUGUCUGCACAGAGGAGGGAGCCCGCACCCUGCCCGGACCCCGGUCUAUGGGUGGCCAGCAGCGUUCCUGCGCUGGUGGGUGCCAGGGGUGCGGAGGUGCCUGUCCUGCUCCCUGCAGCUGGGCCGGAUGCUGCCUGGCUCUGCAGGGAGCCGUGGGGAGAGCAGUCCCCAUGUGCCCCUGCCCACUAGCCCUCCGGGCUGCCCAAACGGGCAGCUGCGAGCCCUGGCUCCCCAUGGCCGAGAUGGAGCUCGGCUGAUAGAGGGAGGCACCCGUGCCAAGCAGACCGAAGUCCUGAGGGUGCUGGUAGCACCCGCAGGCCGCGUGCCCAUGGCUGAGUGCCGGGAGGGUGCCGGGCCCCAGCUGUGGCUCUGCUGGUGGGAUUCAUCCCCAGCCUCAGCCAGGCACGGUGGGAUUAGGGAGGGGGACGGAGCCCCUGCUUGGCACUGCUGCCCCAGCACCUGCCGACGUCACCCUGCAACCACCAGAGUGGAGGAGCGGGGAGCUCUGAGCACGUGGCACCCAGGGGCCCGUGCCAGGGCUGGGCCACGCGGUACCUGUUUCGGAGGAGCAGCCCUGGCGUGUAGGGGGAAGAGCACGGCGGGAUGCGGCCAUGCCAGCACCUAGGAAGGGGGAAAAGGAGCACAGACAGCUUGAGCCAAGCCAGGCGUUCGAGUUGGCCGGGCUCUGGAGGCGGCCGAUUGCCUUCCUCGGAGCGGGGCUGGUCACAGCUGCGUGGGGAAGGGCUGUGUGAGGGCAGCGUACCCAACCUCCUUAGCCCACAGCUGGGUGGGCAGAUAGUCUGCAGUGGGCGCACGGGUGUCCUCGAGGCAUUUGGCCCAGGGCUGGGCAAUGUCACCGCUCUGCCUGGCAGGGGUGAUGGGAGCUGGGCGUUUGCCUUGGCCCCAGUGUGUGACUGCAGUCCUGCCUGGCCCCCUGCUCCUGUGCACCCGCCACAGCUCGUGUGCCCUGGCCUGCAAAGCAGGGAGGGCGUUUCGUGGCAGUCAGCCAUUCCCGGCCCAAAGGCUGGACAAGGGAAGUGCUGAAGAGCAGGUGCUCCCAGCGCUGCUGCACCAGAACCCAUGGAAGUGCUGCUUCAGGCCUUUCUUGGUACCUGGGAGACCAUUUUAGGCAUGGAAGGUGCUGCUCUUUUUGCAAAGAGACUGUGGUGGGCCCUGCUUUUGCCCAUCCCAGCUCUCUAUGAGCUGGCAAAGCUGCUUGACCCAAGCUCAGCGCCCAGAUCAAGCCUGGUUCAGGAAAAGGUGCUGCUUGUUCCUUGCUGCAUGGGCCAGAGGAGGAUGAGCUCACUGUGAUCCCAGCUGGCUCCAAAAUUGCCCCUAUGGCAAGGAUCACAGCUUUGGGAGGCUGGCGAGAACAGACAGUGAUGUCCAAGGUGGUUCAAAAUGUGACCAGAAACCAGCAUUUGCCUUUGCACACUUGGGUAUACCCCAGCACAGUUGGGAUCCUGCAGAUUAAGGACAGCCUGCCUGUGCAAGAACUGGCUUGCGCAUCCUGCAGCCAAGCUUUGCAUGCAGAGAUGCUGAAAAGUGGCAGCUUGUUCCUUGCACUGGAGAAACAGCAGCCGCACGUAGCAUGCCGUGUGAUCAUUAGGAACAACAACGGCAUCCCAGCUACAUGGAUCAUCCGCUGGAGCAACAUGUAGCCUCUGGCAGGACCCAGCUGAUAGCUGCGAGGAGACAGGUCCCUUCCAGUGUGGUCCUUGUUGGAGAUGCGAUCGAUUCAGUCUGCUCCACUCCUGUCUAAGUGGACCAGCCCCAGGCAGGAUAUCCAGAGCUCCUAGCACAGGGAUACAUGUUAAUUGAAGUCCGUUUCCUCAUUGAUGAUUGGUGAAAGCAGCAUGGAGCAAACUCAAAGCUUUCUGGGAAGUGGCUGGCCAGCGGAUGGUUGUGCUCCGUCAAGGUUGUUACAACCCAUUGUGCCACAGCACUGGAGAUCUGGGAAGAAUGUGAAGCACUGAGUUUAAAAGGUUUUAAACCAUCAGAAAAAGAUAUCUGGCAGACACAAAAUGCCUUUGAUGAGCAAGAUGGGAUGCUGCGGGCUCACUCAGUGGCCAGUGCCAAGGCCUGGCCCCUGCAUGGCCAUGGGUACCGCUGUAGCACAAACAACCAGCUGGGGUGAUGAGGCUGCAGCGGUCGGCCUCGUGCGGGAGAUGUGGGUGCUGCCCUUAGCUGGCUCUGAAGUAAACCAUGGCUGCCCUCAGGGAGGUAUGGGAGGCCAGAGGGACUAAAGCAUUCACCUUGACUGUCCACAGUUCUUGUGAGGAGCUGGGAGAUGCUUUGCAGUGCCAAAGAUGAAUCAAAGUCAAGGUCAAGUCACACUGGCUCUGCAAAUCAGGUCUGGUGUUGGUAAAUGAACUGAUAUCCCUUGAAAUGAGAGCAGGGGCGGAGGGGAAUCUAGUGGCAGGCUCAGGCCCGCAUGAUGAUAUGUGGCUCGGGUGCUUGGGGAAAGAGGCCGUAGGGUGCCUCGUGCCCAGCGCUUGCCUUGGGUUGUUGCCUCUUCCCAGCUUGCUGCAGCAAGACCGAUGGGUGGAUUUGUUGUGCACUGGGUGUGAGCCCUUCAGUCUGCCCAUCCCGUGCUCCGAGCACUGUGCUGGGUUGCACCGGUGGCCCUGGGGCCCUCUCCUUGCUCUGAACCACAGGACUUGGAACUUGCUGUCGGGAUGGCUUGAUGCAAGCUGGAAGGGAGAGCUCAGUUUUGGUGAUUUACUGAUGUGGGCUUUCUAGAUGAAUUAGAGUUUUUUUUUUUUUUCUUUUUUCCCCUUCCCCAAGAUGGGAGUCCUGAAGAUCUCACUCUGAAUUUUGUAAUGUGAGAUCAUGCUAUUGCAGAGUCUGUGUCUUGUUGUGCUCUUUGGCCAUGUGGCACCCCAAAGCCCAGCACCAGCAGGGCUGCAAUAGUUAUCACAGUAAUUGAGGAGGACAAUAGCUGCUGGUGAGGCAGAAACAUCACUUUCUUCACUAGACCAACAGGAUCUGCUGGCAUAAGGAAACAAACACAUUCUCUUGGGUACAGAUCUAUGCAACCCAUGUUGUUCCCAUAUGCCACAAGAUCCUGGUUAAUCUAGAGAAGAGGCUGGACCUGGAUCUGCCCCAGAGCUCUUGUUCUUGAUGGAAAAGCUGAAUUUGCAGGCAUGCAAAGCCAUGUCUUCUGGGCGCAUUGCAUAGGGUGAAGACAGUACAAACCCAGCCCUGGUUAGAGUAGGACAUUUCCUGAACUGCAGUGUUACAGCGUGGACCAUAACCAAACUCAUUCCCACCUGGUGGGCAAGUCAGAGUCAUCAAGGUAUGGGCUGAGGGGGAUGCCUGGAGUUUCCCAUCCAACUGCUGCCCAGACCAGGGCUAACUCCAGAGCUGAGUGAGGUGCUCAGGGCCUGUCCAGGCAAGUGUUGAACAUCUCCAAGGACAGAGAUGCCACAGCCUCCCUGAGAUCCAUCCCAGGGCUGAAGCACUCCUGUGAGAAGGAGCAUUCUCCAUGGGUCGGAUGGGAAUUUCCGUCAUUGCAACUUGCAUUCGUUGUCUUUUACCUUUUCUCUGUGUAUCUCUGUGGAGGCUCUGCCUCCGUCUUCUCUGUAACCCCCUUUAGGUGGUGGAAGACAGCGAUUAGCUCUCCCCUUUGCCUUGUCUUUUCCAGGCUGAACAAGCGCCAGUCCCUCUGCCUGUCUGUGUGCUCCAGCCCCGACCCUCUGGGUGACCCACCAGUUUGGUGCCAUCUCUCUUGCUCUGCAGGGCCCAGGAGCAGGCACAGUGCUCAGGGUGGCCUCUGAGCCCCUACACCUUUCAUCCGCACCUUUUGGGGUGCACACUGCCAGCUGCGGCCUGCAGGGCUGCAGACUUCUGGCCACACAGAGCCAUGCCUGUCCCUGGGCUCAUGCAUUCCCCAGUGCCACCCCAGCUCUGAUGCCUCGGGGCCCUGCACCAUGCAACGUCAAGGGUUGGAGAGUGGGGUUUUCUGGGGUAUGGCCUCUGUGGUGUGGCUAUAGAAACUCCCUUGUCUUCUCUCUCUUUGCCCCUUGCAGCAAGCUGACAAGGGAGAGUGGGACGGAUUUUCCCAUUCCUGUCAUCCCCACAGUGCCGGACUCCGAGACAGAGAAGCUCAUCCGGGAGAAGGAUGA